AUGACGGCACGGGGGCUGCUGGUGUCGCUGCUCCUCCUUACUUUUUGUGCGUGCCUCUUGCCGCCAUCCAACUUCGGUUUGAGCUUCGACCUCGAGCAUGAAUCGGACCCGCAAUUCUACGGAGAGCACGAGCCGGGUCUUGCGAACUCUGCGGAAGAAGACUCUCGCGAAGGGUCCCUCGAAGAGGACCCGCUGGAUGAGGAACUUGAAGGACCUGCGGACCCUGCCUUCGUGCAGCUGGCCACCUCCAGGAAGAAAGCCCGCGAUGCAAAUAAAGUUGUAUCCGCAGUCGAAGAAGUCAUGAAUGACAAGGAAAAAGUUGACGCUAAAAUGAAGGAGGGGCAAGAUGAGUUCUUUUUGGCGAAACAGGAUGUCGACAGCGGCAAUGACGGCAUGCUGGAGUGCGUGACUUUCAAGCCUAAGCGGAAGUGGGAUUCGAUCCUCUCCAAGUACUGCAGGCGCUUCAGGAAAAACAAGGACCGGUUUGCAGCCUGCCAGAAGCUUGCCAAAUUGGUCAUAAAGAGCUUCACAGAACAGUGUGCACAAGGAUCCUUCUUCGACUGCAGACGGAAUGUUGGGUUCCCCAUCAUCAACCCAGCCUUCGUGCACAUUAAAGACACAGGAGAUCUCUACCUUCACGCCAAAGACGAGUACUUUAACUACAUCCAAAAGCUGGCCACGAACUACGAUAACUGGCAGCCGACCGCAGUCUUGGGUGACUCCUGCUUGCAUGUCACAAUCAAUGGUUUCAGUGAAAGUCAGAACAGCAAGUUUGCGAAGAAACUUGAGAAGAUCAAGGAUGUUGCGCUCCGGCAUGACACGCAGAACGCCAACUCCAGGCUUCAAGCCCUAAGGAGUGUGAUGCUCGUCUCCACUACGCCACGGGUCGACCCCCUCCUCGUGACUUUGGUCCUCGAGCUCCUCGAUACUCGCAGAUGCUCUGGAGGUUUCUUCCGUCGUAAAAAGAAGAGUGACAGGCCGAAGAACCACUGGAAACAGCUACUUGUUCAGACCUUAGUGUACUGGUUCACAGUGAACCCCACAAAGUGCGACGAGAUCUUGAGUGGCGAACAGGCAGUUCCACCGGAUCCGUGGGCAGUGAAGUGCCAAGUCCUUCAGUUCUCAGUCAAGCAACAAAAGGCCGUCGAACCUCUCCUCAGUGCCCUCGCUCAGAGAAAAACAGAAGAGCUUAUUUCUGGCGCGGAGAAUUUGCCGAAGACUAUCGAAGAAGCCGUUGCCAGCGUUGACGAUCUCGUCACUUUGAACGCCAAGGCCGCUAUGGACGCUCGGAGCGCUCUUAUCUUUUUGCAGAAGAAGCGAAGGGCUUCUCUAGCUAUCCUGGACUUCUUUGUCCGCUCGAAAAUCCUUAGAAAGCUCCUCUCUUUCGUCGUAAAAAAGAUUAUCAACAACCUAAUGCCAGAAGAGACCAAGCUUGUUUUGAUUGGCCGCUUGUCCAGGGCACUUAAGAGCUCGGCGCUAGUCGACAAUCCACUCAUUCUUCUUGAUAAAGCGACCCUGGAUAACUUGACUGCAGGACAAGAGGCCACAGUCCUCUGCCUCACGAAUCGCCCCAACAUAGCGAAGACCGCUGUGCAGGCCUUCCUAAGUGCCGCAGAGGGUGCGGCAAAAAAAGAGGAGAAAAAGCCUUUGGCAUCCGCCCCUGCCUCUCUUGUUCAAGUUCGGACUAAUCCGACGGAUGGUCAGCCGUUCGGCGCGGCGCCUGACCCUCCUGAGAACAUUUACGACAUCCCCUAUGAGAGCGCAGACCUCGAAACAAUUGGCGACGCGCUCUCUCCGAAGGCACAGGAGUUUUUGGAUGUCAUGAAUGCUCACACAACCGACAUCUUUCGACGGUCGUGGGAUGAAGCGGAUGGCCACCACUCCUCCGUGCACAAGCUGCGGUCCCUGCUUGGUUUUCCGUCGCAAAGAUCGGACUUGAAAAAAGGCCUUGUAGCUCUCACGUGGGGUAUCGCCCUCACUUCUCUGGUUUUAGGGAUUGUAGGUGUAGCAAUGUUUCCUCUCGGUCACUUGUUUAUGUACCUGGGAGCACUCGGUCUGGCUUUCGGUCUGGGUCUCGUUAUUCUCAUACCGCUCAUGAGCUACGGCAUCAUGUGGCAGGCAGAAUUCAACCGGAUUGCUUUCAGUGGCGGUAGGGACCUCCGUAAAGUGCCCAAGAAGCGCAAAUCGAAAGAAAAAAGGCCUGUCUAUAAAGUGAAUGAUCGUUUCUCACAGUUGUUUGAGGAGCAGGCCCGUCUGGAAGAAGAGGCUCAACAAAAUACAGCCUUUGAGCUAAAUGAAGGAUCCGAGGAAACAGCCAACUAG